UCCAAACCGUGCAAUCAAUCGGACCCACCUAAUCUCUCUCUCUCUACCCCUUCUGAUUAAUCGUCGUCUUACCUCCUCCAGGCUCCAGCUAUACAUACACCCUUCCUGUACAUACAUGUGCAAAGACAAUUUUUAUGUAUGUAUUUCCCCAAAAGCUAGAUUCUUUGUGGUUCCAGCCUUUUUGAUUUCUACAGUUGAAGCUUUAAAGUUUAAACUUUAAAGAAAGCACCUUUUAAAAAUUAGGGACUGUUGAUUUCAUACACCUUCAUCAAUUUGUCCUUUCUUUCAGAUUUGGAGAGUACUCCACAAAUCCGGCUAUAGCGAUUUGUAAAGUAAUGUCAUUGCUCUGAUAGACUUAAAAGGUUGGUGUGAGGAGAGAUGGGGGAAAACGGAGCUGAGGAUUGGAGGGAGAUGGUGGGGAAAAUGCUUCCGCCGGGAGCACCCAUCCCGGAUGAGGACGGAAUGGAUUACUCGAUUGCUAUCGAGUACAACGGCCCUUCAGUCUUGUAUGAGCUUCCCCGAGUGGAGCCUGUUGACAUGGAUGACAAUGCAAUCCCAACUGCUGAGCCCGUUUCAGAAUCUCGAAGAUCGCUGGCUUAUGAAAGAGCAGCUGUAGUAGAGCCAAUACCAUUGCCCAUGUCUCGUAUUGCUAGGGUUACUAGUCAGACUAAUCAAAGCCCUAGGAUGUCGGGAAGCUCAGAGUCGGGGGUUUCUGUGCUUCAGAAUAACGACUUCGCUUCACAUUCUGCCUCGGCUUCGCCUGGCUCGGUGCAUAGUCGAGAUAUUCAUGCAGGAAAAGAGCAUGUCAGUGAAGGUAGGAGAGCCACAGUAGUAACAUUUAACACUGUUGAAAGAUCUGAGAGGAGAGUGGUGGAUGCUGAGAAGCAGGUAUAUCCUGAAUUUGUUGGUGUGGCGAAUGAAAAGAAGAGGAAGAAAACGAGGAAGAAAACAAGAGUGUGCUAUCGGUGUGGGAGAGGGAAGUGGGAAACGAAGGAGUCCUGCCUCGUUUGUGAUGCAAAGUAUUGCAGUAACUGUGUGCUUAGAGCAAUGGGGUCAAUGCCGGAAGGGCGUAAGUGUGUCACCUGCAUUGGGGAGCCAAUUGACGAAUCGAAUCGGUCCAAAUUGGGUAAGCAGUCGAGGUUGUUGUCACGAUUACUUAGUCCUUUGGAGGUCAAACAUAUAAUGAAGGCGGAAAAAGAAUGUUCUGCUAAUCAGCUUCGUCCGGAGCAGCUUAUUGUGAAUGGAUAUCCUUUGAAACCGGAAGAAAUGGCGGAUCUUUUUGGAUGCCUUCUACCUCCCAAGAAGUUGAAGCCAGGGAGGUAUUGGUAUGACAAGGAAUCGGGUCUGUGGGGAAAGGAGGGAGAGAAACCUGAUAGGGUUAUUAGUUCGAAUUUGAAUUUCACCGGAAAACUCAGUCCUCAUGCCAGCAGUGGGAAUACAGAGGUAUUCAUGAAUGGUCGAGAAAUCACGAAACUGGAGCUGAGAGUACUCAAGCUUGCGAACGUACAAUGCCCACGUGAUACCCAUUUUUGGGUGUAUGAUGAUGGUCGUUAUGAGGAGGAAGGUCAAAAUAAUAUCAGGGGAAACAUCUGGGAGAAGGCUUCGACAAGAUUCGUGUGCUCCUUAUUCUCUUUGCCUGUACCUCAAGGUCAGACUCAUGUUCAUAGGGAUGAGGCUAGCAACUAUACAACCAUACCCAAUUUCCUAGAGCAGAAAAAGAUCCAGAAGCUUCUUCUACUUGGACUCCCUGGCACCGGUACCAGCACAAUUUUUAAGCAGGCAAAAUUUUUGUAUGGUAGUAAGUUUACCUUUGAGGAAAUCCAGGAGAUCAAGCUUAUGAUACAAAGCAACAUGUACAAGUAUCUCAGCAUUCUCCUCGACGGUCGUGAACGCUUUGAGGAGAAGGCCUUAUCGGAGAGCAAAGGGCAAGAUUAUGUCAGACAGGUCUCUGAAUCAGGGGACGCCUUGGACUCGAAUGAAAAUAGCCAAUGUAUUUAUUCACUCAAUCCCAAGUUGAAGCAUUUCUCUGACUGGCUCUUAGACAUCAUAGCCACCGGAGAUUUGGAUGCUUUCUUUCCUGCUGCGACCCGUGAAUAUGCUCCGCUUGUCGAAGAAGUGUGGAAAGAUCCUGCCAUACAGGAGACGUACCGGAGAAAGAGCGAGCUUCACUUUCUACCAGACGUGGCGGAAUACUUCUUGAGCAGGGCGGUUGAAAUAUCGAGUAAUGAAUAUGAACCUUCAGAUCGUGAUAUAUUGUAUGCGGAAGGGGUGACUCAUGGUAACGGCUUGGCCUUUAUGGAGUUCUCCAUGGACGACCAUAGCCCAAUGUCGGAAACCUACACCAAAAAUCUGGACGCUGCGCCUCCUCUCACCAGGUAUCAACUGAUAAGAGUGAACGCGAAGGGGAUGAACGAAGGGCGCAAGUGGGUCGAGAUGUUCGAGGACGUCCGUGCAGUUGUCUUCUGCAUUGCGUUGUGCGACUACGAUCAGGUGUGGAUCUGCCCGGAGGGCCAAGGCAGCGGUUCCCUUCUCCAGAACAAGAUGAUUCAGAGCCGGGAGCUCUUCGAGACGAUGAUCAAGCACUCGUGCUUCACCAACACUCCAUUCGUCCUCGUCCUGAACAAGUACGACCUCUUCGAGGAGAAGAUCAGCCGCGUCCCUCUCGGCACGUGCGAGUGGUUCACCGACUUCAGCCCCGUCCGUCCCUACCACAACAACCAGACGCUCGCGCAGCAGGCCUACUUCUACGUCGCCAUGAAGUUCAAGGACCUCUACGCCUCCCUCACCGACCGGAAACUCUUUGUGUGGCAGACGAGAGCGAGGGAGAGGUCAACGGUCGAUGAGGCAUUCAAGUACAUACGAGAGGUGGUGAGGUGGGACGACGACAAGGGGGAGACCUACUAUAACGGUGCGGAGGACUCGUUCUAUAGCACGACGGACGUCAGGUCGUCGCCGUUUAUCCAGCAAGAGUGAGAAAGAAAGUAAUUCUUGAAAAGCUGCAGCUGAGAAUGUGUAUAUAAAUGGAAGAAAGAAAAAUGAGAGACGAAAAAUAAGUUAUUGGUUUGUUAAAUUUCGGGAGUUAAUGAGAUUUUAGUUGGCAGCUGAGAGUCUGAUUGUGACAUCGUUUGUAUACAUAUUUUUGAGCUAGAGAUAUGCGUGGCGUUCACAGUCCAUAGAUGGGCAAUUUCCAAGUCCACAUAUUUAUUGAAUGCACUAUUUCAAAUUA